GGGAGUGAGCCAGGCAGAGCUGAUCCCACGUGUGACGCUCGCAUUCCCGGCUCAGUAAUAUUCUCUUAGCGGGGCUACGGGUAGCGUUCGCUCUGACAGUGUGUGUGUUAGUUACUGGCCAUAGUUGGGUUAGCAAUGGAGGGAGACGGGAGCCAAGCCACAUCUGGAAGCCCUAACGAUUCGCAACACGACCCGGGUAAAAUGUUUAUCGGUGGCCUCAGCUGGCAAACUUCACCAGACAGCCUUAGAGACUAUUUUAGUAAAUUUGGAGAAAUCAGAGAAUGUAUGGUGAUGAGGGAUCCCACAACAAAACGCUCCAGGGGAUUUGGCUUCGUUACGUUUGCGGAUGCGGCCAGUGUAGAUAAGGUCUUAGCUCAACCUCACCACGAAUUAGACUCAAAGACGAUUGAUCCUAAAGUUGCCUUUCCAAGACGCGCUCAACCCAAGAUGGUCACGAGAACAAAGAAAAUAUUUGUAGGCGGAUUAUCGGCUAACACAGUAGUUGAAGAUGUGAAGCAGUAUUUCGAACAGUUUGGCAAGGUAGAAGAUGCUAUGCUUAUGUUUGAUAAAACUACAAAUAGACAUAGAGGGUUCGGCUUUGUAACUUUCGAGAACGAGGACGUGGUGGAAAAGGUCUGCGAGAUUCAUUUUCACGAAAUCAAUAAUAAAAUGGUAGAAUGUAAGAAGGCCCAGCCUAAGGAAGUGAUGUUUCCUCCGGGGACGCGGGGGAGAGCCAGAGGUCUGCCCUAUACCAUGGACGCCUUCAUGCUGGGUAUGGGCAUGCUGAGUUAUCCAAACAUUGUAGCAACGUAUGGCCGUGGAUACACUGGUUUCGCUCCGAGCUACAGCUACCAAUUCCCUGGUUUCCCGGCAACAGCGUACGGUCCGGUAGCGGCGGCGGCAGCUGUGGCAGCGGCGCGUGGCUCAGGUAGGGGGGCCCGUGGAAGAGGCGGCUACGCAGCAUACCUUCAGAGCACAGGGCCAGGCUUCCCCGAUUACGGUUUCUAUUCUUCACCAAGCGACCAACGGGCACCCCCCUUCUCCUUUGCGGACUAUGGCUCCCUGGGCCCCCAGGCGGCUCAGCUGCUGCAAAGCGAGCAUGCCACAUCGGCCUGCAACUCCCCUCUCCAGCACCUGGCCAGCCCGGAUCAGUAUAAAAGCCCAGGCACCAAUCCGCCCCGGCCUGGAGCCUUCCCUGGAGCCAGCAGCCCCGGGCCAGUGGCUGACCUGUAUGGCCCGACCAGCCAGGACUCCGGCGUGGGCAACUACAUUAGCGCUGCUAGUCCCCAGCCUGGCUCCGGCUUCGGACACAGCAUUGCUGGUCCUUUGAUUGCGACAGCUUUUACAAAUGGAUACCAUUGAAACCUAACAGGUGGUUGGUUGCCAUCUCAUUUGAGCAGAGUUUAUCAGGAGGCCCGGGGAAGACUGGUCGGAGUUUCUAAUUGGUUCUGUGUACAGGUAAAGGCCCUUAAACUUCAAGCACUACAGCGCUGGAUGGGAUUCUGAAGCUGAGAUGCUCCACACGAUGAACAAACGAAACGUCUGAAACAUCUCGGAAAGAAAAAACGAAAAAACAACGAAACAAUCUGCUGUACUAUUAUUGAAAACUGGCUUUUGAAUAUUUGAUCCCAGUGUAGCCCCUUAACUUGAAGUAGGAUUUUAAUAUGAUUUUCCUUUGUCGUUUUUCUUUCUCCCUUUUAAAGAGUUUCUUAGUCAUCUUUUAUCGUGCACACGUUGAGUCGAGCAUUGACAUUUCUUUAUAGAUGUUCUUCAUUGUUCACGAAUGUUCUCUGAUGAGAACGACUAUGUAAAACUGAUGUGUUUUUUUUUUGGUUGUGUGUAUUCCAAUAGCAGUUUCAUUUCACAGCCCUCUUCUAGCGCAUUUUCAGGUUUCAUUUCACACAACGAGAAAAGCGAUUGAACCGAGCUUGAAAGGGCGACGUUUUUAAUUCAAGCCUAAAACCGCAACGAGUGUGUAACUCAAAAAAAAUCUUAGUAGCUCUGUUAUAUGUUUAUUGUGAUGUCUUGUUAACCAUGAUUACCUAUUUUUGGCAAUAAGAGGACUUCAAUAUUUUAACAGUCCUUUUUUAUAAAUGUCAUUUUUGUUGUGGAUAAAAGAAAAAAGAAAAAGCUUUCCUUUUAAUACUUUGUGAAACGAGAUUUAAAAAGAUACGAUUCUGUAAAUAUUCUCCUCAGUGCAUCAAACUGUUUCUGAGAGAGAACCAUAUUUUUGUGAUGGUGUCAUAAAGGUCGUAUUGUGCGCAAGCUGAAAUAUGUCAGUGCAAAAAUAAUCUUUGAGGCUCAAUGCAGUAACCGAGAUCCAUCUGUAGCACAAAAAGCCGUGUUUUACCCCAGUACGGAUGAAAUCCAAUCAAACACUGUUAGCACGCUUUGUAAAUACUGUUGGCUUUACAACUGCGCAGGUGUCAUACCAGCAUAUGAAUUAGCUAGUACGUUAAAAUGUGCACAGCUUACAAAGAGAAUAUACUUUACAAGGUAUACAUAAAUCAGCAUUGUGAUAAAAGAUAAAAAAAUCACCACAAAAUCCAAAGCACACAUUCUUUUCCUUUUUUUCGAGCCUGGUGUUAAAUCGUGUCGAGACAUUUCACGUUAAUGUUAGAGUUUGCGUUUUAGCGUUUCUUAAGAACAGCGUGGGUUCGGUGCCCACAGUUUGUCCACGUGUCAAGAUUUCUACAUGCCUGGAUUGGGUACAACGAAGGCAAUAUUUUCAAAAACGAUUAGGAAAACAGAUCUUUUAUACCAUUACCUCAGUCCUGUGAGAAUUACUUUAAAGGAGAAGUACAAAUUAAUUUAUUUUAGGCUAAGACGGAUAAUAAAAAGAUAUUAAAGCGUUGUUUUGAAAUUCAAAGUCAAUCAUUGCACUGUGAGAGAGAUUUUAUCAUUUUCUAUUUGCACAUGUUACUGACAGUCUCUAACAUGGGUCACGUGAAGGAUCGCUGUGGAAACGAUUCGUUUUAUCCACGCACUCAUGAAUCUUGAGUUGAAGACUGUACUUUUGAAUAAUCUCUUUCCAGGGAUUUUCUUAUAUAGAUAUCGGAGAAGACAGAUGCGUUUAUUGGUAGCAAUAGUUAAUUUCCUCAAAAACACUGAAACUGAUUGAAACCAGUAGCUGCUACACACAUUUGUUGUACAUGUGGGGACUGGACUUUAUCGAGACACAAAUGGCAUUUAGAAACAUGAAUGAUAUUUACAAAUAUGAAUCGACUGAUGUCUGCUGUUAUUCGAUCUUGCUGUUUUGUUUUUUCAGUUAUUUAAUUCUGUUUGUUUGUUUGUUUUGCGUUUCACUAAACUAACAGGUGUGAGGCAGAAUGCUGGAUUCUUUCUCAAGAAGGAAACUUGAUCAAGUAAUAAUGAUAAAAAAAACGCAAGGGGAACUUUGUGCUAACUGUUUGAGCUGUCGAGAAGACAAACGUACAAAAAAAGAAAGAAAAUCCCGAACAUGUUUUGAAUUUAAAUAGGGAUGGAUUUUUAUCAAUAUUUUUGUGGAUGUUAAUGAUUAUACUAAAUAUAACUGACAAUAAUACAGAUAUUAUGUACUGUAUUUAUCAAUUGUUUAUCUCUUCAUUCCCUGUCACCUCAUUCAGUAAUCUUUUGUUGAUCAUUGUAUUUUAGUAGUGCGUAAACAAAAAAUAUGAAAAAGAAAAAAAGAGGAAUAUGAAUUUACCUUGUAAACGAGUCUUGAUGCCAGUGUAGUGGUCUAUACACUUCUUGGUUGGUAUUUAUCACAUUUCCCCUCUUUCUCACACUCCUUUUGUCUUUAUGCCCUUUCUAUAUCUGUCUCACUCUCUCUCUCUCUCUUUAGUGAGUAGCUGUAGGUGUAUUGUAUUUAAUGUUAAGGUGUAGAGGUAUUCAUUAGCAAUUGUAGGACCAGUAAGGAUAGAACUUUCUCUUUGUAAUCAUUUAAAGACAAAAGACAAAAAAUGCAGAGCGUUAUUUUCAUAGUAAUUUUACUUUCUUGUUUUUUUUCCUGUAUUUUUGUUUUUCCUACUUUUUUGUUCCACUGUUUUGCUGGUCUCACAUGGUUUCAACUAACCAAAGCUCUCACUGAUGAAAUCUAGGAGAAGGAAAUUGCUGUACGACAGAAUUGUAACCGAGGCAUUAAUUGGAUCCCCACCCUUGAAUGUUUUUAAAGGGGUGUGCCAUACUACCUUAAAUGCUAACGCUAGAUAUGCAAAACCGUUUUACGUUCGUUCUUUUUCAAGAGGGACGCAAGCUAUAAUUACCGACGUGGAUUUUAUUACAAAAAUGACAAAUUCAUAUUUUUUUGUAAGUUCUAACAAAAUAGCCUAAUAAUUAGUCAUAGGUUUUGAUAUUUACUCAUCGAAAUAUCCCAGUGGCUCAUGGCGCUACUCUUUUAAAUACUCAUGGAUUUAUUUUGAAUAGUUUUAGUUUUCAGGAUCGUGAAAAUACACUUUGAUUGUUCUUACACUUUAAUUGCAUUGCCAGCUUUCCAUUUUAAUUCAACAUUUACAUUUGACAGCGGUAGUGCUUUCUAGUCAGAUGUCACGCUAAGCAUCACUUAGUGUAAUUCCAGCGUCAAACCUGUUUAGUCUAAAUACACUGUAUUCCUGAAUCGCAUCUGUUCUCAGGGAUAUCAAACAUGAGCCAUAGUACCACCUUUGUAAGGGACAUUUUUAAUGAGACUCAGAGUGAGUUAAUCAGAUCUACAGUACAGCACAACUUUUGAUGAACGACUGCAUGACUUCUUAAAGUUUAUUAAAUACAUUCAAGCUAAAUUUGAGGUUGCUGCUAAGAUGAUGUAAUGCAUGAAAUUUGUGCACAGCAUUUUCUUGUUGAAGACGUAAAUUGUAAUAUAUGUGUUCUUAAAUGAACUAGGUGGUUAGUUGUAUUUAGUUGGACUUUAGAUACAUGAUGAAUCGCCCAGAAAGCAUUUGCACGUAGUUAAACACUCUUCAGUUCUUAAACAUCAGCAGAUAAAGCACAUUUGCUCUAUAUCAAAUGAGAGCGUGACUUUGGCUCUAGAUUAAAAUGAAGGCUGGCAACCUUUUAAAGCGCUCUUUUGCGGUCUGUAUCGGUUAGCUGACUUUUUUUAAAUCAUAAUUUGAUCUCGUAGCUUGGACUUUAAGGUAGCAUGGCUCUGUUGCCACCAUUUUGUUUUCCAUGGACAGCAGUUUACAGCGGAUGAAUGUUACACAUCUUGCUAGACUAGUUAAAUCAUUUGGAAAAUUGUUGGUUUUAAAGAAAAAAAAAUGAAACGACCUGGAAGGUGUCGGGGGUUAUUGGGAGUGUACUACCGUAUCCAUUUAAACUUGAAUUUUGUGGCAAGUGCUAGGCAAUGGCCAAAACGAUCAUCCCACUACAAAAGCAACAAAGCGUUCUACAUGUCUGUGUACGGUAUACUUGUGUACAUUUACAAGAUAUAUAGGUAUAGUGUAUAUAUCUCUUUGUUAAAUUAAUGAAACUGCCUCAUAAACGUUCAUCGAUCAUCAUUGCAGGUGAACAGAAAGGGGCGUUGAGCUCCAUACACUAACUCGCACACUGUUUCGCUGACCAUCGAGUCAUUUCGUCAUUUGUCCUUUAAGAGUAAUGAGAGCUGCAGAUGUAACUGGAGGCAGGUUAGUAGUUUAGCUGCAGAACGUUGUUUUGAACGAAACUUUACAGGAAUGUUCAAUAGAAGCGAUACAGUUAACACAAUAUCACAAGGUGUGGAUGGUCUUAUUUCUCAUUUUUCCUUUGAAAACUCGGUCUCGCAUUUUCUCUCGGGGCUUCGGUCUCGCUGAUUGCCUUGCCCAUUCCUAACACUUGCCCAUUUUUUAAUGUUAACGGACUUUUUACCGCGAGAACUGACUGAACGGACUGACGUCUGAAAGCAUCUUUCAGGUCCUCUUGUAUGGCUUGCUCAAGCCCUGUUGUAAAAUAAACUAAAGUGGAUGGGGGUCUCUCACAUCUCAGAUGUGGAAAGUAUAAUUUUAUAUUUGUAUUUUCAAAUAAUAAUGAUAAUAAUAAUAAAAAUGUUUGUGAAAGGUUUCCAUCCUCUACUGUGGUCCAGAAAUCAAUGUGUUUGUCUGGAAAAGAUACAAAAAAAUAAUAAAUAAAUAAAAGAGUUUUGAACCAUUUCACUCAUGGUUUUUAUUUUCAACUUUGUCAAGCUAUUGAUUUGUGAUUCAAAAGAAAUGAAUAUACCUGAAAAAGAUUGUAUGCCAGAACAUGCACAACGAUUAAAAUGCACAAAGUUCAAU